CAGGGGUGUCGUUGGAAAAUGCUGAAUAAGGCAGCGAGGAAAGAGAAUGGAGUCUCCGAUAAUGUGCUGAGUCCUCGGCACUUCAGAUCCUGUCCAGGGACUCCAAAGAAGGGGGCGGAGGGGAAAGCCGCACGAGUUCUGCAGGGCAAUUCAUCCGUCACCCUCAGCUCGGAGCAGACCGAAGGGAGACCCGGCACGGCCGCGGACGCAUGCGCACUCUCGCUCGCCUCCAGCGGUGAGAACGCAUUGCCCAAUGGAAACUUCGUUCGGCGUCUCCGUCCCGCCCCCUUCGCCCUUACCUUGUUUCCGCUUCCGGCGCGCCGCUGUAGUUUCAAGAUGGUGGCGGCGGCGGUGAGUGCGUCUCGGAUGUCUCGGCUGCUCGGCCGGGUCCUCCCACGCGUGGGGCGGCCCAUGUCGAGUGGCGCCCACGGCGAGGAGGGUUCAGCUCGCCUGUGGAAGGCCCUCACCUUCUUCGUGGCGCUGCCCGGGGUGGGAGUGAGCAUGCUCAACGUUUUCCUGAAGACGCGACACGAAGAGCACGUGAGACCCGAGUUCGUCGCCUACCCCCAUCUCCGCAUCAGAACCAAGCCCUUCCCCUGGGGAGAUGGUAACCAUACCCUCUUCCACAACCCCCGUGUGAAUGCACUUCCGACGGGCUAUGAAGAUGAGUAAAGAAAACCUGGAUUUCCCCCCAGGCAACAAGGGACCACAGCACUGGUUUGGACCAUUAUUCUAUGUGUGGACCACGAAGGCAUUUUGGAUGCUAAGCUCAUCUUUCCUUGUAUCAAAUGGUGACCAUUACACUGAUCUUCCAUCCCUUUGCCUGUAAGAGGAGAUGGCUUAAAUAAAUAACUUAAACUUA